GAAUCUCCCCUGGUUUAGUUUUGGGUUCCAAAUACUCGACCAGACUAGAAAACAGUCGGUAGUUUGAUAUAUUGGUAUUGAUGAUUGAGAAAAUUGAAGUAUAUGCUUGAUGUUUUCCCCGCCAUUUUUUUUCCAUUGGAAACCUGAAAAGCUUAGUGAAAGCUUUCCUUAUCCUUUACUCUCAAAGUGGGAUUGCUACCAUUACUAGACCUACUUCCGCAGUCAACACUUCAAAAAAUCACAGCUCAUCUUCUUUCAUAAAAGGGAGGUAUUUAACAUCACAUGAAGUAGUGGAAAGAUAUACCCAAUCUCUGUUUCCUUUUCCGGAUUACAACACUUCUUCUACCUAGUAGCAUACAAAGCGAUGCACAUGGAACUUACUUUUCUUCUGUAAAUAUCUCUCAACCAUCCAUUUUCCUGAGAUGACUUCGCCGUUGCUUUUAUUGAUUCUCCUUGUAUGCAACUACACGGCUCACCUAGGUGCUCUAAAUGAUGAAGGUCGUGCUCUUCUAUCCUUCAAACAGUCCAUAGAGAAUAGCACAGAAGGCUAUUAUCUGACCAACUGGAACUCAUCCGAUGUGAAUCCAUGCUCGUGGCAUGGAGUUACAUGCAGAAAAGAAAAAGUUACUGCUCUCAUCAUUCCAAAUAUGGGAGUAGCUGGUUUUCUGUCUCCUGCGCUUGCAAAUCUCCCCGCAAUUCGUCAUGUUAACCUCAAGAACAACUCAUUUCGUGGAAGCUUGCCUAUCCAGCUCUUCACUGCAACUAGGCUGAAGAGCUUGGUCCUUUCAGGUAAUUCAUUGUCUGGAGCUCUUCCGCCUCCCGUGGGGAACCUCAAGAACCUACAAACUUUAGAUCUGUCACAAAAUUCAUUCAAUGGCUCGAUUCCUGCAUCUAUAGUUCAGUGCAGGAACCUAACGACGCUUCUUCUCAGUGAAAAUAAUUUCACUGGCUCUGUCCCUGUUGGACUUGGAAACAGUUUGAUUAGCCUUCAGAAACUCAAUCUUUCCUACAACAGCUUAGGCAGUUCAAUCCCCAGUGACAUUGGCAACUUAUCAAAUUUGCAAGGUACUCUUGAUUUGUCUCACAACUUCUUCACCGGUAAUAUUCCUGCUAGCCUAGGAAGCCUCCCUGAGAAAGUUUAUAUUGAUCUCGGUUACAAUAAUCUUAGUGGUCCUAUACCGCAGAAUGGUGCUUUAGUAAAUGCAGGACCAACAGCUUUCGUAGGCAAUCCUUUGCUUUGCGGAUCCCCUUUGAAACUUUCAUGUCCCUCGGGCAGUCCAACUGCAGAUUAUCAAUCAAAUAUUCAUAAUCCAUUUCAGAGUUCAGGUGGAAGUUCCAUGAAGAGUGGGAAAGACAGUCAUUCCAGCUCAUGGCAUCAGGUGAUUGAAAUUAUUGCCGGUGUGAUGGUAGGAGUCUGCCUCAUUGGGUUUUUGUUCUCUUAUCGGUACAAGAAGGCCUCUGUCUGCAAAGGAGUUCAAAAAGUCACUGGUUAUCGUCUUGAAGAAAAACUGAUGAUUGGGAGGGACAUUUUCUGCUUUGCAAAGAAAGACAUCGACACUCCAUCAGAAAAUAUGGAGCAAUGCAACUUUGUGCCAUUGGACUCAGAGGUUAACUUUGAUCUAGAUCAACUGCUUAAAGCAUCUGCUUUCCUUCUGGGUAAGAGUGCAAGCGGGAUUCUCUAUAAAGUGGUGCUUGACAAUGGACAAACUGUGGCAGUGAGAAGACUGGGAGACGGAAGUGGGCAAAGACUCAAGGAGUUUCAAAUUGAAGUUGAAGCAAUCGGAAAAAUUAGGCAUCCUAACAUCGUUAACCUUUGCGCUUAUUGCUGGUCCGAUGAUGAGAAGCUGCUCAUCUAUGAUUAUAUAACUAAUGGAGAUCUUACUGCAGCAAUUCAUGGAAAAGCUGGAUACAUACCCUUUAAACCUCUUUCAUGGUCUGUUCGUGUAAAAAUCAUGAAAGGAAUAGCCAAAGGCUUGGCCUACUUACAUGAACUCAGUCCGAAAAGGUAUGUCCAUGGAAAUCUGAAGCCAAGCAAUAUUCUUCUUGGAGAGGACAUGGAGCCUCAUAUUUCUGACUUUGGACUUGGCCGCCUUGCCAACAUAGCCGAGGAAUCACCAACAUUUCAGGUGGAACAGAUGACAAGCUGGACACCGCAGCAUGGUUCUCCAUAUGAGCUUACACCAAUAAAUUCUUCUCUGAAUGGAUCGUAUUAUCAAGCUCCUGAAGCCUCAAAAGACACGAAGCCAUCACAGAAGUGGGAUGUUUACUCAUUUGGAGUGAUUUUACUGGAGAUGAUCUCUGGAAAGUUACCAAGCAUCCAGGUUGGUUCUUUGGAGAUGGAUAUGGUGCAAUGGAUUCAACUCAGCAUUGAGGAAAGGAAGCCACUCUCUUCUAUCAUAGAUCCCUCCUUAACUCAUAAUUGGGGUGAAGAGGACAAUAUAGCUGCUAUAUUAAAACUCGCUUUAGCCUGCAUUCACAAGAGUCCUGAUAGGAGACCUACAAUGAGGUGUGUGAGUUAUAGCUUCGACAAAUUGACCUCGUACUCCUAAGGAGAGUUCAUGAUUGGUGAAAACCAGACGUUUGGUCCGCUAAACCAUUAAGUAAAUCUAAGCAGAGUGAUAGCUGAAUUGGUUUUUGUACUCAUUUCCGGAUGAAGCAGCUGAAUAUGUUGCAGCCUGGCAUUGAAGAUGUCAAGAUAACAAGUCUUUUCCCUUGCAAAUUUCAGUAUACAUAAAACGAUUCAACAUGCUAAUAUUCAUUUCAGUUCUCUGACUAUGAAUUUGACGGCAUGUAGCAGAAUAAAAAUCUUUAUUUCUUAAUGUCCCAAGCUGAGUUUAUUCAUUUGAGGCAAAUUAGAUUUCAUUAGUUGGAAUUCUUCCUUCUGUCA